AUGGGCGGCAGCGAAACCAAGGAGAUUCAUCACUACCAUGAGGAUAAGGAGUCCAAAGAGCUCGCUCGACAAACCCAAGAGCAGAUGGAAACUCUGCGCGGGCAAAUGGAGCAGGAGAAGAGGAUGCAGGCCCAAACGGAGCAAAGGCAUCAAGAAGCCUUGCGCAGAGCUGAGGAACUCCGUGCGGAUGAGAAAGCAGCUGCGUUGCAGCGCCUCCAGCAGGAGCAGGAGAACCGAAAGAAGGACGAAGAAAGAGCUCGUGCGGAAUUGGAAAAACAAGCUCGCGAAGCUGAAGAGCGCUUGGCCCAAGAACUUCAGAGACAGCGCGACAACGCGCACAAGGCCAAGCUUGAGAAGUGGCAAAGGCUGAAGCGAGACUAUCCGAUCCCAGACUUCCUCAAGAACUACGUCAAUGAGGUGAGUGAGAAUUCAGCAGCGGAUGCUGAUCGCGAACUUAAUGUGAAUGUGGCUCUGCUGGGGGAUUCAGGAACCGGCAAGAGUUCCCUGAUCAAAGCCAUCCUGAAGCAUUUCGGUGUCGACUUGCCUGCAGAACAGAUGCCCCGAAUCUCUAUGGAAGGAGAUGGCACGCUUGAGCCUAGCCGAUUUCCACUUGCCGUCCUAGGUCAAGUCUCUCUCUGGGAUCUGCCCGGGCAAGGAACUGCAAAGAUUCCAUCCCUGACCUACCUCUGCAACAUGGGCCUGAAGUACUUCGAUGCCAUCUGCAUCGUGACUGAUGGUCGUUGGUCCGAAGGUGAUGGCACCCUGCUGGCAGCCAUUCACUACGCAGGGAUUCGUUGCUUUGUGGUUCGCAGCAAGGUGGACCUUGCUGUGGAUGCUGGUGCUGAGGACAAAGGAUGGAGCCAAAGCAAGACCUUGUCCCAUGUCCAUCAGCAAUUGCAGAAGCAAACCCGCCUGAAAUCACAUCGCAUCCAUCUCCUGACAUCCAGGGAGCGCUUCUGGAAGGACUUCGGUUCUGUGGACGACUUCGCAACCGUCUCAAGCAAGAAGUGCAAGCUUCUCUGCGGGAUGAGCCCGUAG